CGUACAGUGGAAUGUGUUUGGUUUGUGAGGACAAUUGUCGAGAAUAAGUGACCUGAAAACUGAUCGAAAGACAGCGAGGCUGCGGAAAAUGCUCCGUUUUCUGUGUUGCUGUUUUACGCGCGAUGGCCACAGCGGAGAGAGGCAGCCUCUCCUGCAACCAGCGCCCUGCAAUGUGUCUGCUGAUGCUGGAGCAGCAUCAGCCAGGCAGACACGUCCCACACACAGCGAUGCUCAGGAUGUGAAGCGGAUUGGAAAGCUGGUGAUGAGGCGGGUGAAUGUGCCAGAGUUGGAUCGGCGCUUCUCUGACGUGGCUGAGACCUUCAAUGAGCAACAAGAACGCCAUGAGGCCAUGGUCCAGCAUAUCAGAAACCUGCAGCAGAGCUGCGACUGUACUCAGAAAGAUACUUUGAGUUUUGCUGAGUGUGUGGAAAAGAUCAGAGCAAAGCAAAAGGCCACAUACAAGGUUUCUCUCAUGAUAAAGGGCUACGACUUCUCCCUCAGCGUGCUUCCUAUCUCAUCAGAGGGUAAAAGUAAUGAGCAACCACUGCCUCCACACCUGCAGUUUGCUCAGGAUGCAGUGAGAGGCACAUCCGAGAAUGCCAAGGCCACUGUAUCAAAGGGGACCACAAUGCAGGAGCUGAUUGGCUGGCUGCUACGUAGCCAGGAUCAGAUGGCCAAGCAAGUGAACGGAGCGGCAGAAAGUUACCAAGAGCAAGGAAGACUGGCCGAGAACCUGGAGGAGACAUGAAGGAAGUGAGGAGAGCAAAGGAGUUGUCUCAAAGAUAUAGACAACAGGCUGGGGAGGUUCUCACGGAGGCUGCUCAGAUAGCUGGUGCUCAUCUGUAGUCUAUGCAUCUUUUAAAGGAUUUAUUCGAAGUCAACAAUCACAGUGCAUUCAGCCGGAGUAAGAACAGGGAAAUGCUCUCCCCUUCAGUAAUCCAACUCAUCUGCAGCCAUGCACAGCCUCAAAACGUGACAUCCUUUGACAUCAUGUAUGAUAAGAUCAUGAAGAUUUGCCAUCACCUUGUUCUUUCAAUCACAUUGUCAGGUCGUGAGGAAUUUUGUUAAAAUCUCAGCCUGCUGCUAAGAGUGUGUCCCUUUGUUUCCUUCCAUGUGUGUAAGUUUAUCAGCUAACACAGGGGGCAAUAUAGACUCACUUUUAUGGUCACUUGCUUUUCACUUCUUAUUCGUUACACUUGUCUCUAUCUUCCAGAAAUAUCACUACAAAGAUUUUCCAAAUUCUUUGUUCAAAAAUAAUAAAU